AGAGCGAGCCGGAGCUCUGCUCGCAGCCCUGCACCGCGAAGGAGGCGUGACCUGUGCUGGCCCCGCCCACCGCGACUCGGUGCCCCCAGCCCACCGCACACUGGCGCCCCUCCCCGCGGCGGAGCGGCGGCCAGCUCAGGCAGGGCCGGCCGCGGGAUGCCGCACACAACCCAGCUGUACCAGCAUGUGCCAGGGAAACGCUGGCCCAUCGUCUACUCCCCACGCUACAACAUCACCUUCAUGGGUCUAGAAAAGCUGCAUCCCUUUGAUGCCGGGAAAUGGGGCAAGGUGAUCAAUUUCCUAAAAGAGGAGAAGCUGCUGUCGGAUGGCAUGCUGGUGGAGGCUCGGGAGGCCUCAGAAGAGGACCUGUUGGUGGUGCACACCAGACGCUAUCUCAAUGAGCUAAAGUGGUCCUUCGUGGUUGCCACCAUUACGGAGAUUCCCCCUGUCAUCUUCCUUCCCAACUUCCUUGUGCAGAGGAAGGUGCUCAGGCCCCUGAGGACCCAGACUGGAGGCACCAUCAUGGCAGGGAAGCUGGCUGUGGAACGAGGCUGGGCCAUCAACGUUGGUGGUGGCUUCCACCAUUGCUCCAGUGACCGUGGCGGGGGCUUCUGUGCCUAUGCAGACAUCACGCUAGCUAUCAAGUUCCUGUUUGAGAGAGUGGAGGGCAUCUGCAGGGCCACCAUCAUUGACCUUGACGCCCAUCAGGGCAAUGGGCACGAGCGAGACUUCAUGGGUGACAAGCGUGUAUACAUCAUGGAUGUUUACAACCGCCACAUUUACCCUGGGGACCGCUUUGCCAAAGAGGCCAUCAGGCGGAAGGUAGAACUGGAGUGGGGCACGGAGGAUGAGGAGUAUCUGGACAAGGUGGAGAGGAAUGUAAAGCGAGCCCUCCAAGAGCAUCUGCCUGAUGUGGUGGUGUACAACGCGGGCACUGAUGUCCUCGAGGGGGACCGCCUUGGGGGGCUGUCCAUCAGCCCAGCGGGCAUUGUGAAGCGGGAUGAACUGGUAUUCCGGGUGGUCCGAGCUCAUGAGAUACCCAUCCUCAUGGUGACCUCGGGUGGGUACCAGAAGCGCACAGCCCGCAUCAUUGCUGACUCCAUCCUCAAUUUGCAUGACCUGGGGCUCAUUGGGCCUGAGUCUCCCAGUGUCUCGGCACAGAACUCAGACGCUCCUCUGCUUCCUUGUGUCAUGCCCUGAUGCCUGCCCACAGAGCAUUACCACACCUGCCUCCCGCCCCGUCCACCCACCCGCCCUAGUGUUUUUUGCUGUGAAGACAGCUGCCAGUGAGUGUAGAGGGGCAGGAAGGGCAGGAGCCAGCCUUGCUGGCCGCUCCUCCACUCCCCACCAGGUGCCCAGGGAUCUCUGGGCCUUGGGGUGGAAGAGCCAAGUCCCAGGAAUGGUCCCAUAUGGGAGGCAGGCAGGUCACUAAGAGUGGGGAAGGAUAACUUUGGCCUGGGCUAUAGAGAGGGACCUCUGGGCUGGGUGGUCUGGUAUCCAGGUCAGCUAGACGGGAUGGCCCAUCUGUGCCCUAGUUGGUUCUCUCCUUCCCUUCAGCCUUGGAAAGGCUCUCUCCUGGGUAGUGCUGCCCACGGGUCUGAGGAAAGCUGCUGGAGCCAGUUUCUAGGGGGGUUCUGGAUUCCCAGCCUGCAGGCAGGAGUCCCUGGUCUAGAUGUGGAGGCCUAGGGAAAGGGCAUUCUCCAGCUGGGAUUCCCCUCAAUAAAGCAAGGUCCAGACCUGCUUUUACAGGUCCUUCUGUGAUGAUGGCAGGCAUUGAGGAUGCCCUAGGCCCCCUUUCGGUAGUAGUCCCUUCAUUUCAGCAUGGGAGCAAGUUUGAGGAACUUUAGCUUAGUAAUAGGCCUUUGGCCUGGAGCUCCUAGGGAGCUGCUGACCUGGGCAGAAAAAGGCAGAGGAAGGGAAAGCCAGGGAAAGGUGAGGUCCAGCAGGCAGGAGUUGGGGUGGGGGCUAGUGGACAAGCUAGGUCCAAGGGAACAGAGACCCUAGUGGGGGCUCUCUGAAGAGAGGGCAGUGAGGCUCUUCCAGCCUGGAAGUCAUGAGUAUACUGGCUAGAAAGGCCCUUGGGCGGGCCGCAGUUUCCACUGGCCUUACCCAGAGUGCCCAGUUCCCAUCUUUCCCUGUCUAUGGCCCAAAUGUAUAUCUACCCUCUGGCCUUUCUGCCCUGAAGGGGACAGUUAAGGCCCUCUAGGACCUGGGCAGGAGAGUAUCUACUUUCAGCCAGUGACUGCCACCUUGACCAUAGGCAUAGAGGGCAGGGGGACAUUGGCCAGCUGGGUUUUCCCUGCCCUGGAUCUGCUCCACUCACAGGACUCAUGUUCAUUUCCAUGUGGGGUGCCCCCAUGGCCUCCAUGGCAUCCUUCACACUCCCUCUGCUGGAGGGGGUAGAGUGCCAAAGUCGCCUGUUGUCCAAACUGCUGACCUGGACCCAACCCUGGGGCACUAACAAUACACUUUCAUACUCCUCUGUCAUGACCUCUCUGCAUAUGACUUGAGGUACCUUCUGGGAUAUCUUGGGGACUGGUGACAGGCACAGGUUGUCACUGUGGAGCUUCUGUCAGAGUGUCAUACAGACUCUCGGUUGCUGCUGUAUAUUCUAAGGUGGACAGUCCUACCUUCUGAGGACCACGGGAAAUAAAGAUGCAAAAUUGACAAAGCCGGAGGUGACCA